AUGACUACCAUCACCAAGGAAUGCUUUGCUGAGCGGAAGGACGCGAUUCAAGUCCAUGAUCACUGUCCCGAACAACCCUACGUUGAGCUAGAGGUCCCACAGGAUGCCAAAAGAGUUACAGCUGUCACAUUUGAGGGGAUAUCACGAGACCAAGGCUGGGCUGAUCGAGCGGAAGCAGUUUCCUUUACAUGGUGGGACGCCUCAGUCAAGCGUCCAGAAGGACGUGGAGACCUGCGCACAAUCACUGUGCUUAACAAUCGUCUUGCAAACUCAGAACCCCAGAACUGGUCCCAACGCUGGGAUUUAUUCCAGGGACCUCGAAGACGACUAUGGAUUCAAGCCCUACGACCUGGAGAUGUCAUUCAGCUCAUCCCCCGCGCUAUGUACAUGGCGUGGACGAAUAUUAUUGACGAGGGCCGCAUCAAGAUUGAAUACGAGGCUAAGGAAUUGGAUGAAGACAUGCAGGCACUUCAGGUUACAUCCAAUGCUUUUCACUAUUCGCAGUCCUUGGAUGUUGUGCGUCAGGAUGUUCGACUACUACACGUCAAGCCAGGGGAAUUCGAAGACCCUGUUGAGGGCCACUUCCGCCAUGUGAGUCUCAAGGACGUCGAAAAUGGUGGAAUCGAUUUUCAUGCGUUGUCAUAUUGUUGGGGUGAUCCUACCGAGCGUGAGGAAAUCUUCUUAUCCUCAGGCGGGAAAGAAACGGAAGAGGGAAAGCCUUUCAGUAUUGGAAAAUCCGCUGCUCAGGCCCUGCGUCGCCUUAGGCAUGAAGACAAAACACUAGUGAUAUGGAUUGACGCUGUGUGCAUCAACCAAGACGAUCUCGAAGAAAGGGCGCAGCAAGUCACGUUGAUGAGUCAAAUCUAUUCACUAGCCUCGACUGUUCACAUCUGGCUCGGUGAAGAUAACCAUGGAGUUGAGGCUUGUUUGAAGCUUAUCCGAGAUAUUUGCAACUUCAAUAGCGAGUUAUGCCAAGGCGGAGAAAAGUGCACAUGUCUUGGAACAGCACAUUCAAUACCGCUGGAGGAGAUGAAGGAAUAUGCGCAGGGCAAGAAAGCCGAAAACCAGGCAAUAUCUUUCAAAGGCAUGCUGGAGGUCUUCGAUCUCCACCUCAAAACAUGGUCUAGAGAAAUUAUCGAUCUUGCGGGCUGGUACGGCAAUACUCAACUUUCAUUUCUUAUGAGUACUCUUUACGAGAACCCGUGGUUCUCCAGAGUAUGGGUCAUCCAGGAAGCCCUUUCAGCACAAAGGCCGUUCAUCCACUGCUCGGCAGAGCAAGUGCCUUGGGAAGAGGUUGUUCAAGUAAGUAACUGGCUUGAACACCCCGGGCACGCAAAUCAAAGUCCGCAUAUUGCCUCGCAGCAGAUUUCCAUGGCGGCUAUCUGGAAGACUUUGAAGCCAAAGGGACGAACACGAGAAGUUCCUACCACGCCUAUUGAAGCGCAAGACACCGAAGAGUUGUCGAGUAUCUUGGAGGUCUUUCUUUCGGGGUUGGAUCUCAAGGCAACGGACCCUCGAGACAAAUUAUUUGCUUUACUCACUUUUGCCAAUGAGACGCAUGAUGCCUCUCAGCUGGAUGACUUGAUUAGACCUAACUAUGACAAGUCAAAAGAGAGAGUCUUUGCUGACUUUACGCGCUGGUGGAUCCGCGAACACGGAUCACUGGCGAUUUUGUCGUCUAUUCACUGUCAACCUUCACGGACGUGGGUGAGAAGUUUGGGACCAGAUGCCAAGAACCUAGCAACUGGACAGCCGACUUGGUCUGUCAAUAGCAACGGGAGUUCAAAAUGGACACAAGCAAAUCUAAACACUCGAUUCAAAUUCAAAGCGGCCGGUGAUACGAAACCGAACAUCGGGUUACUCGACAAUGAUGAUCCUCUUGUCCUUCGGCUCUCAGGGCUUCGGAUAACAGAGAUCAAGCGCAUUACACAAGCACCCAUCGAAUAUUUAUAUCCCUAUCGUGAAACAGUCGAAAAACAAACCGAGAUCUCGCAGGUGUUUGACAAGAUGUUUGACCCUUGCGCACUAACGCCCUUCUGGACACGCAAGCACGGAAAAGACGAGUUCAAACAGGAGAGUAUCCAGACAUGCAACCAGAAGUACAUGGAUCAUAUGCGCUCCCACUGGCAAUAUGCUUCUCGCCCGGCUUUCAAGGUUAUCAAACCGACCGCCAGUCCAGAGCUGGAAUACUACGAGACAAAUAAGCUACCAGCUUGUAUGGAGCCGUGUUUCUUCAUUACGGGCUCGGGGCUAUUUGGACUAUGUCCUUGGCGCUCGAAGGAGGGAGAUGUGGUUGUUUUGCUAGAUGGUGGAAAUGUGCCGUAUUUGUUACGACCUGUUGAUAAGAAGGAUGAUGAGUUGAGAUGUGAACUUGUGGGGGAAUGCUAUGUUCAAGGGAUUAUGCAUGGUGAGAUUUUGGAGAGGUUAGAGGAUGAUGCGGCUAAGCGGCAGGUGUUUAGUAUUGUUUGA